AUGAAUGGUGAGUACUCGUUGGACACCACUGAAGGUAUGGCCGCCUCAGGAGACCCCCCGACCAACAAUGCCGUCGAUGACUACGACGCCGAAGAGGCUCUCGAGAGACAGCGAGAGGAGGAAAACAAGAUUAAGAUAAAGCUCAAGAGCUUUGAAGGCGGUGUCUAUGAGUGCGGACUGACCGCCGCCAAGAUGUCUGUAAUGGUGGCCAAUAUGUUGGACGCACUGCAGGAGACCGACCUGACGAAGAUCGCCACCAGAGAACCCAUUCCUCUGCAGAACGAUGCGGUCACUAACAAGGCGUUGGAGAAGAUCGUCGAGUGGGUGGACCACCACUGGGAUGACCCGCCAAUUGAUCCCGACUUCGAUGACGAGAAGGAGCGCCGCAACGAAGAGCUGUCGCAUUGGGAUAAGCAGUUCAUAGAUAUCGCAGAUCAGGGCGAGCUCUUCGACAUCAUCGCCGCCGCCAACUUCAUGGACAUCAAGGGUUUGGUCGAAGUGGGCGCGAAGCACAUCUGCAACAAGAUUAAGGGCAAGUCAUGCACUGAAGUGCGGGAGAUGUUGAAGAUUCACAACGACUUCACUCCCGAGGAAGAGGCGGCCAUUCAUAAGGAGAACGAAUGGAUUUAUGCCAAAGACUAA